AUGGUGGACGCUUCGUAUGAAUCUCUGCUAGGUGUUUGCGUCUCAGCUGCGAUGACUUCAGUUAGGAAUAUGAAUUACGAUCAAAUUGGAGAACUGUUGAAUAAUGAUGCUGAUAAGAAAAUUGACGAUAUCAUUGAUAACAUAUCACAGGUCCGAACAUUGCCUACCGAACGUGAAAUGGGCCUUGUACAGAAUAAAUCACUUGCGGAAUGGAAUUUAUCACAAGAACCUAAGAUUGAAGAAGCUAAAAGGCAAUUACGAACUACUUAUGAAGAAGCUGUCAAAGUUAAGGAGGAAGUAAUGGAGCUUAAAGAAAAAUUGAAUUCGUUGUCGGAAGAAAGGUCGUUGGACACAUCUAGUGCACUUCUACAAGCUGCUGCACAGUCUGCUGAUGACGAAAGCGAAGCGAUAGCCGAUCGAUAUUUAAGCGGUGAAAUGGAAGUUGAUCAAUUCUUGAAAGAAUUCAUUGAGAAGAAGACUCUUGCUCAUAUGAGAAAAAUCAAAUCCGACAAGUUAUUGGCGAUUCUACGGCAGCAACAAUAUCCACAGCAACCGAGUUCAAAUUUCAAAACAACAACACCAUACCCCACAAAAGGCGGUGGACUGUACCCACAGUCUGUUAAUCAAUCAUCAUCGCGUCAGUCAUUCUGCGAAAGUCGAAUUAUGCUCGAAUUAUCCCCACGCAAUGAGUUCAUGGGACGAUUUGACAAGUGCAGUAGGGUCAAUAAAACGCCCCUGCAAGCAGUAACCAAUAAGCGUAACAGUUAUGCGCUCCCGGAUAACCCCGGGGACGCGGUCCAAAAAAAUCGACCCGCUAAGCAGAAAAAUCUGCAAAGCGAGGGAUCCCAAGAACAGUUGUUCGAGGGCAAAACCCGAUUGGAUUUAUUCAUGAAACUGCUCAAACCACAGUGGACUGUUGGAAUUACAGCGAUACAACAUAUCCGAGAAAUAUCUCUCAGGGCAAAAGUCAAGAAAAUUGAUCCGUGGCAAUUGUAUGAACCAUUGAUUAAGAAUACCAAACUUUAUCCGGAAUAUCCAUUACUUAAUCUUCAGUUGGAUUCGAUGGAUUUUGUACCACUUGAAAGUUACGCAAUUCCUCCUACGAAAAUUCUACUGAUGCCGGAGAAAUCUGACCAAAGGAAGCAAGAAAAAAAAAUAAUACUGUCAACGUAUCAUAGGUUUCUGAGAUUGAGCGAGGUGCCAUGUGUUCGUCUCUCAUUGUAUUUUCAUCUCAUGCAGGCUCAUGCACCUAUUGGUAUUACGAUAAAAAUCAAGAAACAGGAACAAGCGGAUGAAGAUAUCAGGUAUAUACCGGACGAGAUUUUGGAAGCUCGGAAAGCAGAGCUGCUUAGCCUGGAUGAUCCAAAAACGAGGAAACUACUCGGGUGGGAAUGA